UCAGUGGGCAAAGAUGAAGAGGAGACUGAGGGCGGUCUUCAGUGGGAAUGAUAUAGCCCCUCACCCACAAAGCCACGAGGAAACAACCCAGCCCAGACACAACACACCGCCCCACUGUGCCGCUGAAGGCCCGUCGCACCGAGCUCUGGGGGAAGGCCAGGAAGCCGUGUCCAAAUAUGGUCAGAUGACAGGACUCCCAGAAUCCUCCUCGUCAGUGUCCCAAUGUCUUCGGCAGGUGCACAACAAAAAAACUCCCCAGCCUGUGGAUGUGUGCGUGCGUUGUCUAAGGGCCACCAGAGACAAGCUCCCCAGGGGCCUCUACAGCAUCAGCGUGGCCCUUCACAGCCACCUCGGAGGCCCCGCUCUCGCCUGGACUAACAAGAAGGAACAACAAGAAUGGACGGUGUCCACAAACCCUGUUGAACACCAGGGCCACGUCUACGACACAGACCUGCACAUCAACCAGAACCUGGUCAUGAUCCUACCCCCAACCUGUGAGCUUCUGCCCUCCAUGGUCUUCGUGUUCCAACUGAUUGCAUCACCCGGGCAGAGCAGCUACAUGAAGUCAGUUCUGGCCUGGGGGGCGUUUCCGGUUUGUGGAUCGAGGCUCGGCCCGGUCCAAGGCAGGUACAAAACUCCACUCCUUCGAGGAGAGCCCCACAGCCAGGUGGAUCAGUUUCGGAAAAUCGAAGCCCUCAUGUCCUCAGAUCUCGAUCACUGGCUGUGUAACAUGUACUUUCAGAUAAAGACCCUUCCACCAGGAACAGAGUGUCCAAUCCCCCCGCAGACACCGCCUUUAAACACUUCAGCCGGGCUCCAACCCGCGGUCAGGCACAGCCGACCACAAUCCAAACGGGAUCCACGACACAUCCAUCCUCAGUCCCAGUUGAACCCGCUCCACACCGGCCCCAGCAGUGGAGCACGAGAGCCCGCAGUGAUGCAUUCUCCCCGGGGCUCCGCCUUCCACCUGUCAGCCGAUUCCGCUUGUUCGUCAUCAUCUCUGCCAGGGAAGGAUUCUUCUCCACACGUUAUUUGGUCAAGCAAUUGUCCUCACGGGGAGAAAGAGGAGAGUGGGCUUCACUGCAAGAAGAAGCCAAUCAAGAAGACAAAUAGCCGCGGCGCCAGCGUGAGCGGCGGAAACGGCGGCGGCGAACCCGCCACGCACGCGCUCCCCGUGGCGGAGAUGGAGGAGUACACCUUUUCGCUACUAUCUCCGCAAAUUGGACCGGGUCCCUCUCAGCUGUCCGAUCCAGCCCACUUGGCCCUCCGCAUGCUACCGUCCGAACUGGGCCUACCGUUACCCCGGCAACAUCAUCAACAACAACAAAUGCGUGGUAGCUGGCGGGGCUCUGUUUGGCAGCUCGGCCUCAUUAUGCUGCUGCUGGCUUUGAUGUGGUUUGUGAGGCUCUACCUGCAUUACUGCAGCCAGUGGCUCUACCUGCAGGCCAUAGCAGUUCCUGUCAACAAAUUCCAGUUCCACGCACACACGGUGGACCUUGUGUACCAGAGUUCUCUGCUCCACACCCGCGAGGAGCUGGCGAUGGUGGUGGUGGGUCCCCUGACCUUGAACGCAGUAACGUUCCUGCUGGUUCUGAUCAGAUGGGGCUGUCAACAGAUAUUUGGCUCACUCCCUUCCUUCACGUCAAAGUUUAUCAUGGCUCAGGGAGUGUGGACAGUCCUGCACCCCCUGGCAGUCCUUGCAGUGGACGCCGUCCUUGGGCAUCUCGUUUACAGCCCAGAUAGACCAGUGGGGGACGCCGCCAAACUUUACUGGCACUUCCGCCGAGUGGACCAAUCGGGUGCAGCCGGGGUGAUCAUCACCCUCUUCCUUUAUGCUGUCAUUUUCCUCCUGUCCGUCACCAUCCUCUGUAUUUACCUGCUCAGAUUUCACAACGACGGCCGCAUUCUGGACGUCUUCCAGAGGCUCACCGCCAAGGAGGGGACUUACUUUCUACCGCAGGACUUGGAGCUGUCCAAUCAGGAGCUUAGCUACAUUGUCAAGAAGGCGGAGCAAUGGAGGGGUUUUAAUGGCGAGAGGCGCAAGGUGUCAGUGUACGACUAUAUCUGGACGGCAGAGGACCCACUAGCGGGUUGCGCCACCCCUAUAGAUGACCCACAUAGGGAGGAAGGGUCCUCGCCUCUGCCAGAGGGAGAGACCAGCACCCACGUGGCCGUUUACACGCUCUACGUGAGCGGGCUCAAGCAGAGACACCGACAUUUCCUGCGACAACCAGACGGGGCCAUCAUUGAGGUGAUUGGCAACCUGGACAGGUCGGACAACACAACCAGGACCAUGUCCACCCCGGCCCCGAGGACGCACCGGGAGCGACCGGGCGUCCCCCGGCAGCUAAGAAAGCGAAAGAAGCUCUUCGGACGGUGUGCUCGUGUCGAGCCGGUGGGAGGAAGCAGGUGUGACUCCGGUUUAGCACAAGACCUCAACCAAUGAGAAUCCAGCACUGGGAGCCCAGAGCCACUCGCCUGCACCUACAGAGACUCCCCAACCCAGGACCCAGGAGAGCCCGCACAACAGAGAGAAAAGGAGAACAAAGAAAACCUGCAAAGUCUUAAAAAGUUAAAACGUGUACUUUGAUAGCCUCGGCCUACCUAUUGCGGCGGUGCUGAUGCCACCCCAGGGAGGCUGACAGCACCGCGGAGUAGAAGGAGAAGAAGUGGGCCACGCCAAACUCUGCUUCUGCACGUAUCUACACUGCACUUACAUGUGCAAAGCUGAUGGGUUUGUUGCUGCUUUUUUUCCCCCUCGAGUUUGAGAAUGAGGAUUUCUGUCGUUGAACGCCUACUGAUGCACUAUUUCUGUGUUUAUUACAUGCAGACAGCAAGAGGAUAUACCUUCUUUGUAAAGCACCUCCAUGGUUAAAGAACAGACCUUGGUUUUUUAAACAACCUAUUUUAUUUUGUGUUUGUCAGGUUAGUGUAUUGGAAGACACAA